CUCGCACGAACCGUUUCCAAUAAGCUGCCACGUUGCCUAGCAACCGUUGCUACAUCCGUACGACAAGCACAAACAAACAAACAAACAACCCGAACGAGACAUUCUCUUCCGAUAUCCACAAGCUGGCACGUAAACAAAUCGCCCGGAUCUGUUUAAACAGUUCCGAUAGUGAUAAUGAACGAAUCCGCUGUUCCUAAAUCACCGAAAAAACGUCGGGCCAGACACCGGUAUCGUCGACGAUCAUCCGGCAAAGAGACAUCAGCGCGAGGUAAGCCUCCCGUUUCAAAAACCCUCGCAAAGACACAAACAACGUCACCGGCCGGGGAACGAUCCGUUGAAGCGGAACGAGAACCGAGGGUACGAAAGUCGAAGCUUGAUCCAACAUUUGUCCAGGAAGAACGUGAGGUAAUAGCAUCUCUCGAGCGGUUACAUGUGGCAUCGUCCAAAGGUAAUGGUGAAACCACCAAGCCAUUGCUGCAUGAGAUCGAUAGAGCGAUUCUCUUUUUCACCGAUACGCUACCGGAUGAAGAAUUUUUCGAUGCUGAAGAUACUGAUCCGGGGAUGGUGCGCCCACUCGAAUCAACCGGGGAGACCGACGGAAAGAAAACGCCUUCGCCUCGCUCAUCAUCUUCCAAUGAGGCGGACACUCCGACCCAUCUAGCAUCGUCGUACUUUCACGCCGAAGAGGGAACACCGGUGGUGGUACCGUGGAAAACCCAAAAGUACACCUUUUGUGAUGAGGAUCUUCUGUACUAUCAACCCGCACGCACGUUACCCGAAUCACGAGCAGCACUCGAGGAGAUAUGUGUUAUCGAUCCCAAUGAGGCAUCGGGUGAAGAUGGUGCAAAAGGCGCUCAACCUACUCCGAUCGAUAAACCAAGCGUCAGUUUAGCGAACAAGAACCGAUUGAUGAAUCGUUUGCUGGAGGAGGAGCAAGAGGAAUGGUUCGAUGCGACCGGAGAGUUGGUCGAUUUCCGCUCCUUCCUCAAAAGCAAAACCCGUGUCCGUGGGUUUUGCAGUAAAACGUUUGUUCCGUUCUUUGUGGAACCGAUACCGCUCGCUAAAACCCUGGACCGAUUGCCGAUGGAACGUACGGUGAAGAUUCUGAUCGGCAGAGUACAUUUCGAUGCACAUCCGUCCUUCGAGCAAGUGGUGCGUGUGCGUUUACGGAUCGAGGAACUGUACAGACAGUACUACCGCAUACGGAAGCUAAACCGGAAAGAGAUUUUGCAGACAAAACUGAACGAACUUCGGGCUCGUGGUGUGGACGACACGGAACUGAACGACCCGGAGGAGGAACCGAUUGAUUUGUUUCAGAUCAAAAUGGCACGUCGAGAGUAUAGAAAUCUCGUGUAUCAAGAGAUACGUACCGAGCGCUUGCUAGCGAAGCAAAUCCUGGAACUUUGGGAAGAGUUGAAAGCGAAGCAUCAGGGGGAGUGUGGAUUGAAAAUGUCUGUAAACAGUCAGGACACGGAUGAGGAGCGUGAUGGUAGUGAGUGGCAGGAACGGUACGAGCUAGAGCUGAGAGAGACAUUCGAAGAAGAGCAUGAAUUGUAUCUGCGUGAUAAGCAGGAGUACAAGGCAUACCUGCGGGAUCUCGCACUGGAACAACAGCCGGACACUACCGAUCUAGCUCCAGCGAUGCAGAAACCUAAAAAACCGGACACUGUGAAGAUCAAAAAGGAGUUCAGAGUUUUGUUUGAUGAGACAUUCCGUGCUCCGGGGGAGCCGCUCGUGCACAUUGUCUUGCGGCGUGAUCCCGAAGGGGUUACGGCCGACCAAUGUGGACAUCAAUCCGGACGAGAUUUACUGUUCAAAAUGAAGCUGUUUAUCGAUGGAAACCAUGUAGCUUCGACCAAAGCGCGACACUUUCAGUUGGACGAUCGCACCAUGAUCGAUUUCAAUACAUCCUUCUCGAUCAAGCUAACGACGAAGAUACCCGAAACGAUCGCACUGCAUCUGUACGAGAAGAAUCGGCUGAUGAUGAAAAGCCUGCGGGCGGAGAUAUUCCUUCCCCUGCCCAGUACGGAGGAGCUGUACGAGGGCGUGGAAUCGGUAGACUAUCAGUUUGCAUCCGGCAAACCGUACUCGGCCCAAACAUACACCAACGGUACGGUAGAGCUACGGAUUGGAUGGUUAGAACCGUCCGAUGGGACAUUCCCCAGCCCCAGCCAACGUCGCACGCUACCGAAGCGUGUCACCAUACCGAAGGAACUGUUGCGCCGCUGGAUCGAUGAGCGAGCUUUGGAAAAUGAAGAUCAACCGGAUGCCGAUACGGAUGCGGCGCUGCUGCGCGCACUGAGAGAAGGAGAUGGCGAAGCAGCGAUCGCACUGGAUCACGGUCGACGCCAUUCGAAAGAUUCCGUCCCGCCCGAGUCAGACGAAGCGGAGUUCCAUUUCAAUGAGGAUAAGCUUGCGUUUUGUUCCACGGAAGCUAUAGAACAAAACGAGCGUCUUAUCUUGCUGAGCAAACGGUUCCAGCGCAGCCUUAAAUAUCGGGACGCUAAAUUUAUUCCUCAAACCGAGCGCGAACUAGCGAUCGCGGUAUCGUCGAAGGAGGAUGAGGAGCAGAUGAAGAUCAUCGAUGAAACGCUCGGUACGGAUCCGAUCGAUCUCCAGCGGCACCGGGGCAAACGGUACCUGCAGAAGGUGUACGACAUCAUCAGCAAUCACUGUCGCGUGCUGAACCAGGACAAGGUGAACAAUGCAAAUCUGUUGGUCGGAGGCGAUCAGGUACCAUCGUUCGGCUCGCUUAGUCUAGCUUUUCUGGAGAUUUUCGGUCCGCGGCGUCCGCUGAAACCGUCGCGCCGUUCGCCCAACAGUCGUGCCUCGGUGCGGGUAAGUGACGUGACGCGCUUCAAGAUUAUUGUCACGAUCGUGCGUGCGUUCGGCAUACCGAUGCGGAUGGAGGAUUACCACCAGGCUGGCUCGAUCGGCCGGCGGAACAGCAACAUGUCCUCAUCGAACGGGAGAUUCUCUUUUCGCACAUCUAACGUACGGCCGUACAUAGCGGUAUCGUUGAAGGAUCGUAUUUUCCGCACUUCGACCGCUGACGGAACGGCCCCGACAUGGAACGAACAGCUUGAGAUACCGCUGGACUGCAGUACGGACCAGAUUCGAAAGCACUUGCACAUCGAUCUGUACGACGAGUACAUGGAAGAUCUACUGGAGGACGAUCGUACACGGCCGACCGAAGUGUAUCAACGUAUAUCCAGCCGGUGGCUUGGUCAGCUACGCAUCCCCAUCAGCACGAUCUAUCUCAAUCAAAGGUUGGAAGGAACGUUUGAGAUCAAGACACCGCCCAUCCUGUUCGGCUACGAUCGCCAGAUGCAAGACCACCAAGGAGGAGAAAUUGUGGACAGCUACGGCAACCCCAUAGGGCUGAUUGGUAGUGCGACUGGUAGUGGUCUUCCGGACAUGCGUGAACUAACCCACGUGACCCUAUUCAUUAGCCUGGAGCCCUUGAUUGAGCGACCGUCACUUGAUACCGGGAGCUUGGAGUGUGUGGAGCUAGAACGGAUAAGGUCCCGCAUCUAUCUAUGGUAUGAGGAGUAUCGGCACGAGUUUCCGACGCGUGCCAUCGUUCCACCGAUGGUAACAUUGCUGGGAGGGAAGCGAAUCUGUGCCACGCGACUGCUCGGUCCACUACCGAUACCGUUCUCGAUCGACGAGCUGACCGAAAGCAUGAUCCGGCGUUACGUUUCCCUGAUUCCCAUCCACUACAGUGUGGAUCCGUGCUCGCAGCUGAACGGGAUAUGGCUCACGAAUAAGGAAAUUCUUACGAUGAUGUGUGCCUCACCGAAGGAUCUAGGUGUUCUGCUGGCCUGCUUCUACCUGCAGCUAGGCUACGAAGUGUGGCUCAUCUUCGGUAACAGUGUCCUGAUGGGGGACACCACCUUCGUACUGCUGCUGGAGGGAGGAGAAUUCUUCAUCAUCGAUCCAUGCAGCGGCAAGAAGUACAGCUCCACCGACACCUACUGUCCGCUGAAUCGUAUCUAUCUGAUCGUGGGACAAACCAACGUGUGGGGCAACAUUCAGAAGGAGAACCGUGUGUUCCUGACGCAGCUUGAUGUGCGCAAGUCCGGAUACUGGCGUUCGUUGUUCAAUCGGUUCCACGAACCACCGGUUGGAUGCGUGCAGGAGAGUGGCUUUCCGUUUAGGGAGGCACUGCCGGCGAAAGAGUUGCAGCGUGCAAUCGAGCGGAAGCUGAUGCGAAAGAUCGCAUCAUGGCGUACGCACCGGAAAACGGUUUGGAAUCGCUACAUCAGCGACCACCUUCGAAGCACCCUGAUAAGCUUGGAGCGGGAUACCUGCCUGGAAACGAACACGGAACGGCUCGGUGAGACGUUUAGUCAAAUGUUCGUAUCGUACAAGGUGAAUGGGUUCCCGAUUAACUUGCCGUACAACAAUCUGUCCACCAUUGUGGCCCAUGUGAAGGGCACCGGGAUACAUCUGAACUCGGAGGCAACGGUGGAGUUUGGACUUGGCGUUUACAUUAAGGACUAUCCGUGCAAUGUUUACUCGGUGUGGAUAUUUCUGAUGUCGCUGGUGCCGAGGGCUUAAAACGUUUGAGGUAAAUUAUGAUUUCUUGCUACAAUUCUUGUCCAUUACUACCGGGUACGGUUGGUUGUGUUCCUUAAACUCCUGAAGUAAAGAGGCAACUAUCAUUCACAUGCACGUAUGACAAUUGUAGAUCUUAUCCGAAAGGUCGAUUAAAACUGCUCUCUCUUUCUCUCUCUUCUUGGCCUAAC